CAGAUGCUCCACUUGGCAGGAGGGACGAAGUAGUUAAAAUGAUUACUAGCUAGGGGUUGGAACCCCAGGCUCUGGGCAUAUAUAAGAGAGUGCCGCCAGCGCAGAGCGGCUGUUGCUGCUGUUGCUGCUGCUGUUGCUGCUGUUGAAGCCACUACCAGGACACACCAGCUCAGUCCCUUAGAACACAGAGACCUGAGAAGGAAGGGAAGGCAGCUGCUUAGGUUUGCGUUAGAACUCCCGUUUCACCUUUCCAACAGAUACAGACAGAGGAACUCAUAACACUGUCCCCUGCUCCCAGACACGCCCACGGUGUCCUGCACUCCAGCCCAGUGCGGCACGGGGCAGCCUGGCAGAAGGUCCUCCCUAAAGGCGAUGCUUACAGGCAUCCUAGCUGCUGCGCUGGGAAGGAGGGAGUAGGACCCAGCAGGAAAGCAAGGAAGCUGCUGGUGAGAGCCACCGGCGGUGGCCGCGCUGCGGGAAGACCUCGUCUUUCCUUCACUGGACACCUGCUGCAGAAGGCUCGCCAGGAUGAUCCGCAUCGCCUCACUCUUGCUGGGAGCUGCGCUGCUCUGUGCCCAGGGAGCCUUUGCCCGAAGGGUGGUCAGUGGUCAAAAGGUGUGUUUUGCUGAUGUGAAACAUCCCUGCUACAAAAUGGCGUACUUCCAUGAACUGUCUAGCCGGGUGAGCUUCCAGGAAGCAAGGCUGGCUUGUGAAAGUGAAGGGGGUGUCCUCCUGAGUCUUGAGAAUGAAGCUGAACAGAAGUUAAUAGAGAGCAUGCUUCAGAACCUGACAAAACCCGGAACAGGUAUUUCAGAUGGUGACUUCUGGAUAGGACUUUUGAGAAGCGGAGAUGGCCAAACAUCGGGUGCCUGCCCAGAUCUCUACCAGUGGUCUGAUGGAAGCAGCUCCCAGUUCCGAAACUGGUACACUGAUGAACCUUCUUGUGGGAGUGAAAAAUGUGUAGUCAUGUACCACCAACCAACUGCCAAUCCUGGCCUAGGAGGUCCCUACCUUUACCAGUGGAAUGACGACAGGUGCAACAUGAAGCACAAUUACAUCUGCAAGUAUGAACCAGAGAUUCAUCCAACAGAGCCCGCUGAAAAGCCGUAUCUUACAAACCAACCUGAAGAGACCCAUGAAAAUGUGGUUGUUACUGAAGCAGGCAUAAUUCCCAAUCUAAUCUAUGUUAUUAUACCAACGAUUCCGCUGCUCUUACUGAUACUGGUUGCUUUGGGAACCUGCUGUUUCCAGAUGUUGCAUAAAAGGAAAGCAAGGAGACACUUCAUCAAAGACUCCACUCCAUUAUCAUCUGAGUGCCUUGCAGAAAGUUUAAAUUCCAAUCUGGUACACAUGGCGGGUUCUCUCAUUCCAUACCAUUUCCAAAAUAACUCUCCUUCCCUUAACUAGUAGAACAUUUUUUAGUGAAUGAUUAAGCACAAUUGAGGCCACAUGGAUAUCUUAACUACUUUUCUUACCAUUUAAAAUCCCUUCCUCUUCAUAAACUUUGCCUGACUUACUUUCUCUUCAUGCUGGAUAUACCUGGUAACAUUAUGUUGAUCUUAUUGAUUAGAAGGAAUAUCCAUAGAAUGUGUAAUUUGGAAUUUUAUUUAUCACCACAACACUCAAAUUGAUAUGAAGCAAGUGUUUUUGCAUCAUAAUGCUCAAGGCUUUAGAAGUAGAUCUUUUUGUCUUUAAAGAGUUCUGCAAAUCGACAGGAUGGUGGAAUGUUGCAAAGGUGUAUCUGUGAGUGGGGGCCAAAAGCUAUUAGGGGUUGAACUGUGGGAACCUUGGGCCCACAUAAGGACUAAACAUAGGGGGCUGUGGAUAGACCAAGUGAAAGAUUAUUUCCAGGAAACGAAGGCAAAGAAAUGCAGAUCUUGACAUUUGAUCUUGGGGAUACUUACAGGCACUUUUACCGUAGCCAGAACAAUGACUACUAUGGGAAAGAACAAACUGAAUCCCAGGCACAAUCCCAUAAGGGCCUAGGUCUCGUUCUAGGGAAUGGAACUUACAUGUCAGACCUAUCUUGGAGGAAGAACUCACAAGCCCCCGAGUCCGUGAAUGUGCAUCUGCCUUGGACAUACAUUGAUUCGAGAGAGAGGCACAAUGAACCUUUCAGUACACAAAGGACUUAAAUCCAGUUUAGGAAGACUAAAGGAAAAAAAAAAACAAUAGAUGGUUACUUGCACCUAGGACUGGAGCAUGUGUUUGGGAACGAUUGGACACUAAUUGUAUCAACAAUUAUAUCAGAGUGCCCAUAAAGCGAGAUUCAGAAACCUGGCCAAAGAAAACAAGGUUUAUUGGGGGAGGGGGGAAUGGGAGGUUUUAGUACUCUGCUGGGCACUGUUGCACAUGCGUGUUUGAGCUCUAUGGUUAGUGAAAAGAUACAAAUAUGCAAAUAUGCUUGUCUGUUCUCAACACUUAUAAGAACUGUUUGCCAUUUUUACAUCUUGGAAUAAUCUAGACUUUUUUUUUGUAGGAAUGGAAAGUAUUCUCAGGAGGGAAGAAGAACUCAUAAUAUCUGUCUGACUGUCUCCAUUUGGACCGAGACACAUUUAGUUUGAUACGACUCAAGAACUGAAUUUAUUUCUUCUUAUGUUUUUUUUCCAGUAAAGGAAGAUCAAAAACUAGCCCGAAUCAGUCUACACUGUGGAUUUCAAAAAGCACGAGGAAGGAAAGUGGCAUGGAGGUAUAAUAAUGAACUGGCAUUGUUCUGGAAAAAUAAAAUAGUUUUGUAAUCGUUGAUCAAUGUAAGGAAUGGCAUCAUCACCUUGGAAUGGCUUGAAAUCUCAAAGGAUCUGCAAGAUGGACUGUAAGCUCCCCCUUGAGGCAAAUGUCAAAAUAAUUUUUAGAAGUUUAUAGUUUCACUUACAACAUAUGCUGAGUGAGACCUGGUUACUCUCCUAAAGGAUACACCUAAAUUUCAUGUAAAAGAAAUGGACCAUGCGGAUAUAAUUUCUGUGGACCAAUCUGGAAUACCUGUGUUGGGAGUAGUUACUCUUGCUCUCUUUCUUUUUUCAUCUUCAUAAAUUUUGAUCUAUGUCAUGUAAUAUAAAUUGUAUUUCAAUUUACGGUGUGCAGAAACAUUCUACCUUUGCAAAAGUGUUUGAUGAAAAUAGAGUGUUCUGAUAUUUAUAUUUAUGACAUUUGAUUUUUACAUAUAUAGUGUUUUCAUUAAAAACUGAAUUCACACAGACACAAAGAAAUCCUUGCAUAGGGAAAACAUUUCUUUGGUAGGAUAGUUCAUGUUUGUUCUGUUUCUUUGCUUUGGGUUCGAUAAAGUUUAGGAAGUAUCUUCAGAAAUAAGAAACUAUUUCAUUGACUGUGCUGUUAAUCUGCUGAAACACUUUACUUAGAGGCAAGAACUGUCUAACUUCAAUUGUGCAAGACACGUGCCUUACAAUUAUUCUUAAUUUAAAAUUAAACAGAUUUUUGUAAUAAAGUAUCUUUAAUAAUACUUGUAUAGACACCAAUAGAGUUAACCUUGAAAAAAAUGGCAUCUGCAGUACAAAUCACAGGUCUUCACAUGUUGCCUAUAGAAUUGCAAAUAGCUCCCCAGAGUGUCAGGAAUCAAUGUGGCUCCUCCCUUUCAAUCAAACAGAGUAACUAUUUGAAGGCUUUGGAGUCAGACAGUUGCUGUUUGGCUGAGGUUCUCCUAACUGAAUUUAGCCUGUAUAAUAUAUAAAGCUCAAUGGUUUCCAGCAGUGUGAUGCUAAGCAGAACACACUGAUAUUAAUGAUUAAAAGAAGAAGAAGAAGAAAAACAAAACUACAAAUCACAUCAUUUAAUGGGCCAGGGACUCGAGGUUGCUGAUGUUUGCUUAUCUUUGAUGAGUGUUGUUUGUGGUUGUGAACUGUGGCUUCCUUCUGUCUGAUGGAGUUUCCUCAACACGUAGCACUUGUUCUUCUCAAGAGAGUUGUAACUAUUUUGUCUUCAAAUGUCCCUGUGUCACUUUUAGCCAAAUAAAGAGUUCUUGUUUCUGAAGAAUGA